UGUGAAAAGACUCCCUUCAGAACACACGAUGGAGAGUUGCACAUCGGAACUCUGACAAUUGAGUUCUCAAGACCACACACAGCAGAAAGAUGAGCGUUAAUGGGACACAUACAGCCAGACGACCGCACUAACCACUUCCCUCUCUCCCUCUCUUCCUCAUUCCCUCCCUUCUGCUUGCGCAAACACAAAAAGCGUGACUUAUGCAGGCCGCUGCACUUCGGAAAAUCAGCUGGCUCAGGGUGUUUCGUUGGACAACCGCGUGCACCGAACUUGCUGUGGUGACUGCAUGUGCGGUGGUCACGAGGGCCCGAUGUUUGAACUCUCGCGACCGCCGUCCAUGCAGUCACCGCAGCAACACCGGCGGCACACGGCUGUGUUCUCAUGAAUGGGAGUGGAAGCAGCACGACACACACAACGACACGACACACGUGUACUCAGAAUGAGUGAGCUAUGCACACAGCAGGCCGCCAAUGUACCCACCACUGAAUCUGACUGUACAAUCAACACAUCUCUGCACGGGCCUCACUCAGGAAAAGACCUCGGCCGUUUCUGGUGCUUGCGCUGGCGGCUUGGACACGUCAUAGCACCCACGUGGCAUGCCCUCCGACUGCUCCAGGUACAGGCAGUACCACAGCAGCGCAUUGAUGUUCUCAGGCACAUCCAUGCCCAUCUCCUGCACACAGACACACACACACACACACACAGCGGCAAUGGAUUGGUGCGACGAAUGCCACGGUUCUGCUCACCUUGUUUUCCCGCCACACAUCAGCGAAGGAAUCGGUUGUGUACUUGAGCCUGUAAGCGCCAGCCAAUUCGCCCGUUCUGUCCUGACCUGACACACACACACACACAUGCAGAGACCCACAGACAGACAGAUGGCCAAUGCGGCAAUGGACAGGCCACUUCCCAUUGACUCAGUGCUGACCGUGGCCGCAGUGGAAGUACAGCACGCGGGAGACCCCCGCUGGGUUCACCUUGUGCAGCAGCUCGUGCAGCGAUGUCACCUUCUUGUUCAGGUGGUCCACCUGCCACUCAGGCAGACUCGAUGCUAAUCGAUUUCGCUCCUGACAACGAAGGGACACACACAGAUGAGCUAUGCGGCUCUCCUGAGCGUGUUGCAUCGGUCACUCACUGCUUCAGGCAGGCUGUAAGGGCGCUUCUCGUCUCCUUUGAGAGGCCACUCGUGCAGCUUGCCAACCUCGGGGUUCUCGCUGAAAAAGUCUUGCUCCAGCUCAAGUGCCGCCGACUCCCCCUGCACCCACCGUACAUCCGCGACACAUGCAGCCCAUCCAUCUUAUUUGCGCACCUCUCCGUUGCUCGGCAGCAGAAGUGAGAAGACCCACAGCUCGAAGCUGGCGUCGAGGAUGAGCGACUGCUCCCUCGCCCGGCUGUAGAGGUACUCGUACAGCACCGACCAGGCGAACUGCUCGUGGCCGUCGCUCCCUCUCCGCUGCGGCUGGUUGCCGCGGAAGAGGAAAUGCCCGGUGGUGCUGUUGUGGUCAAGCAGACGGACGCGCGCAUCUGCAGGCGAGAUGGCGGAUGGAUGGAUGGAUGAGAGCAGUCCUUUCAUCCGUGUUUGUGAGUCUAUAUCAUUCGCUCACAGUUGAGAUCUUCGACGGAGGCGCUGACGCUGACCAGCAGUGCGACAACCACGCUCGCAAACAAGAUCCACAUCAUCGCUUCUUUCA